UUAUUUUAAUACAUUUUAAAAAAACAAUAUUUAAAAAGCAAUUUUACACCCUUUCAAUCCUUCUUACAAGAAAGUGGCAGCAUGGAUAUAUGGGCUGCUAGGUCUGUUUGAUAGCCUAGAGACUUCUAAUAGAAUAUCAUUUACAAGAAAGGAUGACUUUAUUUUUUUGAAGAGAAUUCUAGAGAUGGAUGAGCUAGAUUUUGAAGAUGCACUUCCUUGAUAGUUCUAGAGAGGCAUGGGCUUGAAAAUUCUGGAUUAAUAACUGACAACCUAUACGCCAUUGUUGUCUCUCUUUCUCCAUGAACAGAUAUGAAGCGGAAUUCAUCAAAAGCAUUGUCCGUGAUGUAGCUUGUAAACUGGGAAACAAAACCUUGCACGUAGCCAAACACCCAGUAGGUAUUUAUUCCAGAGUUCAGGGAAUUAUUUCUUUGCUAAAAGGUGCAAAACCUGAUGUUGGCAUGGUGGGAAUACAUGGGAUAGCUGGAAUAGGCAAGACAACAAUAGCAAAAGCUGUGUUUAACAAACUUUAUUUUGGAUUUGAGGGAAGCAGUUUUCUUUCGGAUGUCAAGGAAAUAUCAGAUAAGCCGAAUGGUCUGGUUGAAUUACAAGAGCGCCUUCUUCAUGAUAUUCUGAAACCAUAUGUUUGGAAGGUCAGUAAUGUUUAUGAAGGAAUGAAUUUGAUCAAAGAACGACUUCAUCGUAAGAAAAUCCUUGUUGUUUUUGACGAUGUGGACAAAAGGGAACAACUGGAGGCAUUGAUGGGAGAGAGAUGUUGGUUUGGUGCCGGAAGUAUAAUAAUUGUUGUAACUAAGAAUAAGGAUCUGCUAACAGAAGUGGGGGUAGAUGGAAUGUAUCAUGCUCAAGAAUUGGAUCGAAAUCAGUCUCAGCAGCUUUUCAGAUUGCAUGCUUUUAGGGAAACCCAUCCAGCAAAGGAUUAUGAGGAGCUUUCAGAAAAGGUAGUGGACUACUGCAAAGGACUUCCUUUGGCUCUACAAAUUUUGGGUUCUCAUUUGUUCACAAGAGACAAAGCUGAAUGGGCAAUAUCGAUUGCCCAUUGGCAAAAUACUCCGCAUGAUGAUAUUCAAGGGAAGCUUAGAGUAAGUUUUGAUGCACUGAAUGUGGAUACAAGCGAGAUAUUCCUUGAUAUCGCGUGCUUUUUUGUUGGUAGAGACAAAGAAUAUGUAGCGGAUAUAGUUGGUGCUCGUUACGAUUGCCAUCCAGAAGUAGCUUUCAGAACUCUCAUUGGAAGGUCUCUUAUAACAAUUGACACCGAGAAUCAGAAUAGGUUAAGUAUGCAUGAUAUAUUACGAAAGAUGGGAAGGGAGAUUAUUCGUCAAAGGUCGCGUAACCAUCCUGGAAAUUGCAGCAGGAUUUGGCUUCCCAAAGAUGCAUACAAUGUACACUCCAAGGAAAUGGGAACAGAUGCUGUGGAGGGUCUGGCACUAGAUGUGCAAGAAUCUUUUAGCACAAAAUCGUUUACCAAAAUGAGACGUUUAAAAUUACUCCAAAUCAAUGGAGCACAUCUUGUGGGAAGCUACAGUCUUCUCCCCAAAGAGUUGAUAUGGCUUUGUUGGUUUCAAUGCCCUCUGAAAUCUUUGCCGUCUGAUUUUCACUUAAACGACCUUGUUAUACUUGAUAUGCAAAACAGUAACGUACGAGAACUUUGGAAGGGGACUAAGAUUCUUAACAAGCUGAAAAUCCUCAAUCUCAGCUAUUCCGAGUACCUUGCUAAAACGCCGAACUUCCGAGGACUCUCUAGUUUGGAGAGACUAAUACUUGCAGGAUGCAGGAGUUUGGUUGAGGUACAUCAAUCUAUUGGAACUUUGAAGAGCCUUGUUUUGUUGAACUUGGAGGUGUGUGACAGCCUAAAGACUCUUCCAGAAAGCAUGGGUAACUUAAAAUCUCUUCAAACUCUGAACGUUGCUUGGUGCUCACAACUUGAGAAAUUGCCAGAGAGUUUGGGUGACAUAGAAUCCUUAACAGAGUUGUUUACAAAGGGUACUGCGAUUAAGCAACUUCCUCCAUCAGCUAGAUAUUUGAAGAAACUGACAAAGUUAUCAUUUGGUGGAUACAACAAAGUUUUCUACUCACAUGAUCUACCAUCUAAAUCUUGGUUUUCAAUAUUUUCAUCGUGGCUUUCACCACAAAGCUGUUCGAGCUCCAUAGAUAUGCUACCAGCUUCUUUCACUAGUUUCAGCUUAUUGAAAGAACUAGAUCUAAGUUAUUCUGGUUUGUCUGAAGCUACAAGUUCCAUUGAUCUUGGGAGUUUGUCCUUUCUUGAAAAUUUGAAUUUGUCUGGACAAGAAUUCUUCAAUCUGCCUUCUAGCAUUAGCCGCCUUUCUAAGCUUCAAUUUUUGACGGUUGAGAGAUGCUCGAAUCUUCUAUCAAUCUCAGAGCUUCCAUCAAGUUUACUGUUCUUGUCUAUCUAUGACUGCACAUCCAUUGAAAGAGUAACUGCACCACUUCAGCAUGAAAGACUACCAUUACUGAAUGUAAAAGGGUGCCGAAAUUUAAUAGAGAUUCAGGGCAUGGAAUGUGCGGGCAAUAACUGGUCCAUUUUGAACUUAAAUGGCUGCAACAAUUUAUCUGAAAACUAUAAGAUGAGUCUUAUUCAGGGAUUAUGCAAAGGUAAACAUUAUGACAUUUGCCUAGCUGGUGGUGAGUUACCAGAAUGGUUCGGCCAUCGUGGAGAAGGAUCUUCAUUAUCAUUUCAUUUUUCAGUUCCAGAUGGUAAUAAACUCCAAGGGCUGCUUCUUUGGGUUGUCUCGGCCUCCACCGAUGAAGCCACUCGAGAAACACCAUUUCUCCUGUUUGAUAUGUGUGUUGCUACUUUCAAAAAUAAGAGCAAUGGUAUUGAAUUGUUUGAGACGAUGGCAGCAGUUACGUUUGACAGAACUAUCAAGAAGCAUUCUUGGAUACAGCAUAUACCGUUGAUUGGGUUAGAGGAAUCACUGCAAGGUGUAGAGGAAUUGGAACUGAAUGUCAGAAUAAGCUUAUAUGAUGUUCGAAAAUGUCGGGUAGAAAAAUGUGGGGUACAUUUGAUAAUGGAAAAGAAUAAAGCAGAUUCAGAUCAGGAGAUUGAUAUUCAUGCUCUAGGCUCUGAUGAUCAGCUGUUGGAAAGUAGUUUGAUAAGAGAUUUGCAAAAAUGGAAAAUCACCAGUUGCACUAAAUUUGGAUAGCAUACAACAUAG